AUGGUCUUAGUCGACUAUAAGAAAGCCUUUGAUAUGGUUGAUCACUGUAUCCUGCUUGAUAAACUUGGAGCAUACCAUCUUGAUCAGAGCUCGCUUGAUUGGUUUAAAUCCUAUCUAUCAGACCGUAAACAAUAUGUUAACUUCAAACGCCAGUCUUCUACAACAAAAGUAAUCACGGACGGAGUACCACAGGGUUCUAUCCUUGGGCUUCUAUUGUUUCUCGUUUUUAUCAACGAUUUGCCUCUACAUAUCAACACCCAAGUAGAUUUAUUCGCUGAUGACACUACCUUACUCGCUGCCACUGAUUAUAAUGAUAUUAAUGAACUUAAUGAGAAAUUAUCUCUGGAAGUCUCUAACGUUCAAAACUGGGCCAUUACCAAUAAACUGCCUCUCAAUACCACUAAGACCAAAACCAUUCUGAUUUCUGGUAAACGUCUUAAAGCUAAGCUUACUCCUGAAAAUCAAACUCUCAAUAUUAAAUUGAACGAUGAUUCAUUAGAACAAGAGCACACUGUGAAAUUACUGGGCUUUAAUAUUGAUGAAGAUUUAAACUUUGACACUCAUGUUGAUAUAAUUGCAAUGAAACUAUCGAAACGUAUUGGAAUAUUGAAAUCUAUAAAAUCCUACCUGCCUCGAAACGAACGUAUUCUUUUCUACAAUGCUAUGAUCAAACCUCUAUUUCUCUAUUGUAGUAUAACCUGGACAAACUGUAGUAAGAACAAUAUCACAAAAAUUUUCAAACUUCAAAAACGCUGCGCCAGAAUUAUCCUUGACGCUGAACCUCGCCAUUCUUCGAUUAAUCUAUUUAAUAAUCUUGGUUGGUUACCUUUUUACGUAGAGUCGGAUAUCAGAAAAUGUAUUAUGAUCUACAAGCGUACUAUUAAUGCUACUACUCCAGAGUACUUAAACAGACUAUUAAAUUUAAAUAGCCAACAACAUUCGAGGAACACUCGCAGUGCUGAUUUAAGUUUAGUAACUCCGAAAUACAAUAGAGCUACAGAAGCAGGAAGAACUUUUUCUAUAACCGCUAUAGGCCUCUGGAACAAAUUACCUUUAAGUUACCCUUCUGCUAGCUCCAUUAACUGUUUUAAAUACUUAUUAUAUAAUUGCUUCCGUACGCACCUGAGUGAAUUUAAACAAUUUACUUCUUUUCCCGAUUUCAAAUUUAAGUAA